ACAUAAACAGCUGAUUUUCGGUCAUACACCGUUAUUAUUAUAAAAACUUGAGUGGCAACCUCGGAAAUCAGCAAAAGAAAAAAUGACAAGCGCCACCGGUAAAUGUUCACAAGUUCCAAAUAAUAUGGACACGGCGAAGAAAUUGUGGAUACACUGCAAUAGCUGUUUCGAUUUUUAUAUUGAUCAGCGGAUCAUAUUUUUGCUCGCCUGCCAGCACCUGGCUUGCGAGAAAUGCGUCACAGCCAGCAUUGGUCGAAAGGCCGGAGAUGCACCCUCCUUUAUGUGCCCGAUAUGUGGCAAAAGGGUUCGUGGGCGUCAGGUGAACAAUGCGCUGCCCACAAAUCUCAAGGAUAUGUUUCAUCCGGAGCCGUGGCAUGAUGGUCUGCCCCAUGACGUCAUCGAUACCUUUCAGAAAGACCAUCGAAAGAGAUUGGAAGAGCACAUUGUGAAAAAAGCAAAAGAAAUGGAAAAGUUGUACAAGGACAUGCAGUUGGCAUACAAAGUGUGUCAGAAGCAAUAUGUGGAACUGCAUCGGAAUCGUAUGGCACGUAAGCAACUCGAGUUUCGUGCGCGCCAAAUUAAAUAUCAAACUGAAAUUCAGAGGAUGGAGGCCCAACGACGGCAACUCAAGCAACGGAAAUUGGAGCCUUCAAUCGAAUCAUCGCAGCUAACGUCAGAUAUCCCGAUAUAUCCCAGAUAUAUAUAUUCCCGUUCCCGGACAGGAUCAACUGUACCGUUUGGGAUAUCACAAACAGGGUGUGAAUCGCUUUCCUCAGAUGCAGAAACGAAAAAUUCGACAGUUACUUCAACUAUUACCGGUUUUAGCCAUCAUAAUAAUCAUUCAUUUCUUUUGUAGAUUUUAAAUUUAAUAACAUGAAGUAUAAGUUGAAUAAAAAGUUAAUUCAGUUUAUAUUUACGUUAA